AUGUUUUUGGAUAUGGAUUUUAUGAUAAGAAACCUUAAUGAAGAAAAUGAAGAAAAUGAAGAAAAACAGAAAAUUCAAGAGGAUUUUUGUGGAAAAAAAAGACGAAAAAUAGAAAAAAAACUAUACAAAUGCACAUAUGAAGGAUGUGAAAAGGCAUAUUCUAAACCAUGUCGUAUUGAGGAGCAUAUACGCUCACAUACAGGAGAGCGGCCAUUUGUUUGCAAUUACGAGAGAUGCAAAAAAGCAUUUUUUAGAAAAUCACAUUUAAAUGCACAUAUUCAUUCACAUAUUAACGACAGACCAUAUUUUUGUACUUAUAAAGAAUGUACUUCACGAUUCAAUACAAAUCAACAUUUAAGACGACAUGAAGCAAUCCACCUUAAGGAUACACCAUAUAAAUGUACUAAAUAUCCACCAUGUACCGCAGCGUUUCAGAAAAACCAUCAACUUCGAAUUCAUAUUGCUCAUACACAUACUCAUAAAAAGCCAUUUCCAUGCGAAUACGAUCAAUGUAAAAAAUCUUUUGAUACAGGAUCUAAACUUAACUCUCACAUAUCUCGCAUCCAUAUACCAAUUCCAAACUACUUUUGCGAAAUGGAAGAUUGUCAUCAAAAAGAAAAAUUUACAAAAUGGUCAUUAUUGCAAAAACAUUUGAAAAACAAUCAUCCCGCGAUAUGUAAAAUAUGCAACAAAAAAUUUACAACAGAUACUCAGUUAAAACUUCAUUUACAAGUUCAUGAAAAAACCCUAGAAGAAAGAAGAUUACAUCAUUGUCCAGUAGAGAAUUGUCAAAAAAGUUUUACAAGGUCCUUUGCUCUUCAAAAACAUAUAGAAAUUGUCCAUGAACAAAAACGGGAAUUCGUUUGUGAUAUUGAUAAUUGUAAUAUGAAGUUUGGAUAUAAAAAAUUAUUAAUAACACACCAAUCACGAAUUCAUAAUCAGCCUGAAAAAAACUAUAUAGAAAAAAAACAAAAAAAAGAAAAUAAGCCUAGUACUAUAAACCUUUUAACAGGAUCCAAUUAUUUGGAAAGUGGUAGAGAUAUUUCUUGUCUUGUUCAAGGAUGUAAAUGGCAAUUUUCAAGGGAGUACGAUUUAAAAAGACAUAUGAAAAGUUUUCAUGGAGAUCUAAUAAUUUAA